AUGGCCGCGAAGCAGCUUGUCGAGAAAUUCAUUUCUGAACACGCCAUUGCUAUGUUUAGCAAAUCGUACUGCCCGUACUGCAAGCGUUCGAAGGACGUCAUUUCGAAACUGAACGUGGACCAGAGCAAGGUCGGCGUUCUCGAGCUCGAUCAGACCAACGACGGUAGCGACAUUCAGAACUACCUGAAGGAAAAGACGGAUAAGAGUACUGUGCCGAGCAUUUUUAUUUCUGGCGACUUUAUCGGCGGCUGCGACGACCUUCUUAAGAUCCAGUCCGAUGGCGAGCUUGACAAGCUUGUUGCAAACAUUUAA